AUGAAGACAUUAACAUUACGUGGCUUUGAGAUCCAUGUCCUCAUCUAUUCUCAGAAGGUGAAUUUUGAGUCUCUUGUGACAGCUACAGCGGAAACUCUCACGACAAGAGAAACUUCGUCAAUACUGGUUUUAACCAACCAUCGCACAGUCGAGUUCUACAAAUACUGGUACAAGUCCAGGCGGAAGUUCCAUGGCAAGAAGGACCAGGGUUUGUUCAAUAAGAUCAAGCAUGACCGUCAUAUCACGAAAAAGAUUGGGCUUACAAUGAAGUUUCUCAACACAAUUUACUUCAGAGGAUUAUGCCAAAUGAGCCGUGAGAUGAAUAAAGUGUGUACUAUGCAUGCCAAUUGUUGUAUCGGUCUACAAAACAAGAUUCUUGAUUUGAGACAAGUGCUUGGAGAUUGGAACUAUUAUGUUUCUGCGGCUAGGACAACCGAUGGCCGCAAAAUGAUAUGGCGAUCACGGGAGAGUGAAAAUAAUCUAAGAAAACAA